CCCCGCCCCCGCGGCGCCCGUCGCGUUUCGUCAUCAGGAGGCGCCGCCAUGGCGGACCCGGCCCGGGACGCGCUCGGUGCCGCCGCGCCGGAGCCGCCGCUCCCCGCCCGCUCCCCGCCCGGCCCCGGCCCCGGCCCGGCCGCGGGGGACGCGGCGGCAGAGGGAGCGGGGGACGGCGAGGCGGGGGAGGCCGGCGGCGGCGGCGAGCUGAAGGCGGAGGCGGCGGACGGGGAGGCCAGGAGCGCGGACGGGGAGGCGGCGGACGCGGAGGAGGCGGCGCUGCAGGCGAGCGCGGCGCGCAAGGUGAAGCUGGAGCUGAAGGAGCGCAAGGAGAGGAAGCAGAAGGUGGACGAGGACGAGAUCCAGAAGAUGCAGAUCCUGGUCUCCUCCUUCUCCGAGGAGCAGCUGAACCGCUACGAGAUGUACCGGCGCUCCGCCUUCCCCAAGGCCGCCAUCAAACGGCUGAUCCAGUCCAUCACCGGCACCUCGGUGUCGCAGAACGUCGUCAUCGCCAUGUCGGGCAUCUCCAAGGUGUUCGUGGGGGAGGUGGUGGAGGAAGCCCUGGACGUGUGUGAGAAGUGGGGCGAGCUGCCCCCCCUGCAGCCCAAGCACAUGAGGGAGGCCGUCAGGAGGCUCAAGGCCCGGGGGCAAAUCCCCAACUCCAAGUACAAAAAGAUCAUCUUCCACUGAGGGGCAGCGAGGUGAGCUGCCUCUGGGAGCUUCCCCCGUGGCCUCGGCCCCAGGGGCCCCUUGGGGGGCCUCAAGGAUGUCCCUGCAGAGCCUGGGUGCACCCCCAGCCCAGCAGGAGAGGAGCAGCAGGGGCUGCAGAGCAUUCCCUGCUGGCCCAGAUGUGCAGCCUGUGCCCAGAUGUGCUGCCUGUGCCCACACGUGUGGCUUUUUUUUUUUUUUUUUUGUACAUUAAACUUAUUCCUGUGUUCAUAACCUG